AUGCAGCAGUUGGACAAAUAUUGUAUUACAGAGUGGGGCUACUACACGAGAGCGGAGUUGCCCUCUGCCAAGGCAAGCCGUCCUUCCGGCCCUCCUCUGGCUACUAGUGUUCGAGGAGGCUUGCCAGCUGGAGCAGGCUGCCCCCGAGCACGGGUGCACUCUUCUGCACCAGGGGCACGGAGGUCUCUCGUGCUGCCAGUUCUACAGGAAGACAUUCCAGUCCACGAUCCCCUUCCCUCCCUGGACCUGGAAGAGCUGGCGCACCCCGUGCCUCUGCCUCUGUGCUUGGCAGAGGAGCCACGUCACAACGAGGGGACCCGACCCAUUGGAGCACUAGCUGGAGCGAUGGGCUCCUUGGACCAGAGCCCCAGUUUGCCAACCCCUCCUGUCAGGGUGCCGGCUGCGGACCCCGUGCCGGCUGUGGACCCCGUGCCGGCUGUGGACCCCGUGCCGGCUGUGGACCCCGUGCCGGCUGUUGACUCCGUUCCGGCUAGAGGCAUCAAGACCGCCCCAAAGACGAAGGAGGAGCACAUCGCCGAGUCUGCGACAGACGCAAAGUUUGUAAAAGAUGUUCUCCGUGCAACAUGGACCGACAGGGAGCUUCGCAACAGAAGCCUAUCGGGGGUUCCCUGUCGGCGAUUUGUGAAGAUGGAGAACGCCAAGAAGCCAAGGAAGGCCCUGACUCCCGAAAAAGUCUGCAGUAUUCGUGCUGCCUUCUCCACCUUCGUUGGGGAUGCCCCGAACAAGAAGCGGCGGCUAGGCCUAAUGAACAAGUAUGUGGCCACCUUCCUGCAAGACAAGGCCAACCAAUGGAGAAAGCUGGAGGCCAAGUCUGCACUGCAGCUAGCAGCAGAGCAGCCACCAGCUCAGCAGCCGGCUACCCAGCAGCUGGCAACCCAGCAGCCUGCUGAGAGCGGGUAGACGUAGACUACUACCCA